CAGUCUCAACAUUUCCGAAGAGAGGAGUCGACCAUGCUCCUAGUUCCUUCUUAACUUUAACUUUAUAUACAUCCUGAAACGACACAGCUAACAGAUUACAAAGGUUUUCUGUCACUGUUACAAAGACCCAGAAACCAGCCAGAAGACUAAGGAAAGCAAUGACCAUCAAUUUUAUGAUCAUCAUUUUCACAUGGCUGCUGUCUGAGACAAUGAGCAGCUCAUAUGUACUCUCAGACGUCUCAGAUCAUACUGCCAUACCGUCUGUCUUUGUUGUUGUUAAUCCGACAGAGGAAAGAAAUAGCAUUAAAGCUCUGCAAACAACUCAAACAAGGCCUUCUAAAAAAUUCUUAAUGAAUAUUCAAACAGCAGCAACUCCAACCACUUCAGGGGUGUCUCAGUUAAACAGCUCAACCGGGAUUAAGUCAACGACAGAAGAAAAGUCAAAAGUCAUGAAAUCUACAAUGGCUGUAACCAGUCAAGCCAGCAACUCAACCAGACCUACAAGGGUACCUGCUAUAGUAAGCAAUUUUACCCAGACAAAAGGCACAGAGGGGACAUCAACCUCUCAAUUCGUCAAAGACAAAAUUACCCAUCCAGCUAAACAACCAACACAGUCUACAAACCCUGUCUCCACUGCAACCACAUCUAUCAAGUCAGAAGAAAAGUCUGAAAGUACAAGCACAGUUACAGAUGGUGAUGCAGCACAGCCCAAAGGCUUAUACACAAUGUCAGUAACCACCCCAUUCAUUAACAUCACCAAGGUAAAGAAAAGACAAGAUCCUUCUGGGAAAGAGGAAAAUUCCAAAUGUGGAAGACAUCACAGUAGAGCAGUGGCUGGACUAAUAGGUGGAGCCCUGGCACUUAUGAUGGUAGGAUUCCUAAUCAUCUACAUAAAAAAACAGAAGCUUCAGAAACAGCAAAUAACAACUGCAGAUUGGGCUGGUCCAUCACCAUUUCUAGAGGGUGGAGCUGGCAAUGAUCGAGUUACACUGAGGUCAUCUACCCGAAUUUCUCUUUCCAGCAUUCUGCCUCAGAGACUAUCCAAAAGAUUGUCCUUGCUUCCAGAAACAGACAAGGAAUUACAAGACAUGACAUCAGGUACUACAUUUGGAGGCAAACACCAAGAAAGCACAUUUGGUCCAGGGAUGGAUGGGAAGGAUGUACAACAAAGCAAUGAGUCUGCUGCAGUUCCACAAAUGAAAACCACAGCAGACACUGCAGAGAGUAUUGAAAACCGUCUUCGUGACAUCUUCGCAAACUAGUAACAUUCUACCCACAAAUAAGAAUUCAGAUGUUGCAAAUGUCAGUGAAGACCAUUCUGCAAAUCUCAGUCAUGGAUCUUAAAGGAAACAAUCAAGAUAUGAUUGAAGUAUAGACUCUUAGCCUUAAUUCAAGGAGUUUAACAAAAAUAUUGGUGCAUCAACCCUGAAAAUGCUAUAACUGCUUAGGAAUUACAAUUUCGUUCAACAGAGUCCCUCCAAGUUUGCAGGCUAAAAAAAGAUUGGACAAACUAACAUUAUUAUUAUUAUUAUUAUUAUUAUUAUUAUUAUCAUUACUGCAGCCACCUUCAGUGGCUGCUUGUUUGUGGGGCUUCCUGUCUUUAGUUUUGUCCAAACAUUAGAUGACUGGCUUGGCCAUUUAAGAGCAUUCCAUUUGGGUUGCUUUAGCAACAUACUUUGGGUUAUCUGUUCUGUGAAGGGCCAUCCUAUGAAUUUUGCAGCAUUUGUCUAAAUCUCAACAGAAGGUAUAGCUUCAUACACUUCAGAAUUAAUCCUUCUACUUCAGCAGUCAAAUUAUCAAUAAGCAUCGGUGACCCAGUUCCAUUAGCAAUCAUAAACACUCAAGUCAUGACAAAGAAUCUUUUUCCAGGCUUCGGCAGGCUUUUUAAAAUGCUGUGCCAAAUCUACUCAGGCUUUACCUUUAAAGAGUGAUACCAGUAGUACAUUCUUGAAGGCUUUUUAGUUUGAUAAACUUUGUGCUUGUAUUCAUUGACAACAAUAUACAAAAUUAUUCUUUUGGCCAUUCAUAAAAAAAAUGCAGUAGUUCCUCAACAACAGUUAUUGCAGUAUUUUGUGAAAAGCACUAAAUAAAGCUCAAAGUUACACUUCAGUAACAUCUUGAUUGCUUUAUUUGUCUUCCAAUGUGGCAGUGCAGAUGGGCAAAGUAUAAAAAUUCUGUCACUGAGUAAAUGCUUAAUGACCAGACUAUACCUACUUGCCUUUCUGAUUACUCUAAGUGCAGCAGUGUGGCAUAUACUGGACAGUAGACAAGAAAUAAGAUUCAGUAAUCCUCCACAUAUGAGUUACGUGUCCUUAUCUUUUUUAAGCUAUAUGUAGAAGUUUCAGUAAUCCCACAGGAACGGGAUGACAAAAUUUUAUUUGCUUUGAAGAGAAAAGUAAUAAUUGCAACUUUUGCCACAAACAAACAUUAAAAAUGAGCGUUUCUACAAGUUUGACUUCUUAUUACUACUGUAUAUAUUGUAGUAUAUUAGCAUAUAUAAAACUCUAUUCAAUAUUUUUCAGGAGAAAAUUUGUCAAUAUCCACCUUGUAUAUGACAGUUUAACUUGACUAAUGCUAAGAUUGUGCAACAAUUCUCAAAAAAGAAAAUAUAGACUGCCUUCUUCCAAGAGAGAUUUGGUCCUAUAGUGUGCCAGUAGAAAUGUGGAUGCCACGAUGAAAAAACAGAACUCUGCACUUUUAGCUCCCAGCUAAAGCUACUGCUGACUGUCAGAGUCUGAUGGUCCAUUAAGCCUUUCCAAGACAACAAAACACAUUGAAAUAAACUACACAAAAUAAAAACAUAUGUAAGAGUGAAGUUAUUACAGGUGGUUUCUCUGUGCACUCAGUUAGGAGGACAUACAAUUAGGCCACAGGUGAAGGAAGAUACGCUCUGAAGGAAACUUUGGUGUACAUCUAGAUCCAGAAAUUCAUUAAUGUUUUUGGGUUUUUUUUUUGUUUUUUGUUUUUUUUAAAAAAUAAUUUCAAUGACUACUACAUGUGCUGCCUAGGCUUUGAUAGGAUGUUUCCACAAAAUACUUUUAGGCUUAAUUUGUAAUGAAGCCCAUAUUAGUAAGGGAUCAAAGUGUAAAACAUAAAUGUUGUACAUAGAAUGAGCUAUGGUUUGAUGGGCUUAUGAGUUCAUGCUCUGUUCAAUGUGGAUUUUAGUAUGCACUAUUUCUAGGAUACAAAUUAUGAGAAGAAUAUCUCCAUAUAUUUCAUUUAUUUGUUUGGUCUUUUUUGUCACUUGCAAGUUGGCAAUAAUUCUCGUUAUGAAUAUUUUGUAAAACUUCUGUAAAUAUGUACUUGUAAAAUUCAGUCUUUAAAUGUUUAAUUUUGCUUCUAAAGAGGAUUUAAAGAACGUAAAAGAAAAAAAAGCACUGUGAAAUUGGUUUGUGGCACAUGCCUAAUUGAUUGUUCUUGUUGUUUUCAAUGUCACAUUGUACACAAAUCUACUUCCAUGUAUCUGUAAUUCUAUAGCUGUACAUUAACUGUCCCAAUGAUAUGAUAAAAAUAUUAAAAACCUGCAGACCAAAGACAAAGUGAAUGACUUCCCUGCUAUCAGACAUAUUCAGCUAGUGUAGCUCAGCCUAAGCGACAGUUACAAAAAUAAUAAUUAAAACAGAUUAAAAAAAUAUAUAAAAUCUAACUAAAAUGUGUAGUGUACAGCACUGAGAGCUGACUGGCUCAGCGACCGAAGCGUCAGUCUCCUUUCGUCUCCCAUGUAUAACAUGUGCUCAAGAGCUGGCCUUGUCCAUUUCACAUUGACAUCUGAUCGCUGUGCAUAGUGUUGCUCUGCAGUAUUGUGUUUUUAUGAAAUUUCUGUAAAAAAUUUAAUUUACUUCAAGCCCUACAAUGUCGAUCAAACGUUCUGCACCUUUUAAGUCUUCUGGCACCCAACCCAAGCACCUGAGGAACAUGAAAAUGGAAGAGGAGGAUGCUUACCAUAUUAAAAUUACGCAAGUUUAAGAGUAUAAAGUGGUUAAGAGCAUAGGAAGUGUUUGUGUGGGAAAGGUUAAUAACAGUGUAGAAAAGGCUUAUAAGAGUGCGGGGAGGGUUUUCAAGGCCUUAAAUUCUAUAUAAAUGAAUGUAUAUAAAUGAUAAAAUAAAUAUAAGGUCGCCACUUGGCAGAUUUACGCUUAUCGCGAGGGGUUCUAGAACCUAACCCCUGUGAUAGACGAGGGACCACUGUAAUUAUUAAAUGACACUCGUAUCAGUUGAACUGUAGAAUAUUGCUUGGCCUUCUGUUCAUGUUCUGAUUUCCUCUGUGAACAUGGCCAUAACUGACUUAAACAUGCAUCAGACAGUGGCACAAAAACUUAAUU